AUGUCCGUGCUGACGGCCGCUGAGGGCUACGGCCUGAGAGACAUGGUGCAGGGCCUGCAGGACCGGUACCGGCUGGCAGGGAAGGAGCCUCCACAGGUCCUGUAUGUGGACAGGGACUGCUGCCGGAGGGACGGAGGCACCUGCGCUGCAGCUGCUCUCUUCCCCGCCUGGCCACGCCUGGCUGUCAGGCUGGACAUCUGGCACUUUAUACGCCGACUGGCAGUAGGCGUGACCUCCGAGAGCCACUUCCUCUACCCCGAGUUCAUGCGGCGUCUCUCCAGCUGCAUCUUCGAGUGGGACCCGGAGGACCUGUCCCUCUUGGAGACGGCCCUGCAGGCGGACGAGUCCAGAAGGACGCCGUCCAGCAAGGAGUUGGGUCGGCACUGCCGCCGCCGCACGCGUGGGGCUCAGGAGACCGAGCGUCUCCUUGGAGAGGCGGUGGAGGCGUUCAAGGGGGCCACCGAUGCCAUGAACGUCCCCCUGCUGGACCGACGCCGCAUGGAGGAGAUCCUGGAGACACAGAGGCAUCACAUCCCCUGCAUUCAGCUACAGCUCUUACAGGAAACAAUUCAACAUGUUUCAUGUUCAGACAUGAAUUCAGACACUGAAUAAUCAGAGCCUCUCCCCUUCAGGAUCCUGCUGGUCUCCGCCUGUACACCAAGACGGGACAGCUGACCCGGGGGGGGGGUGUCUCUGUCCGUCUACCGCUGUGCCCGCGGCUCCACGUCCCUGGAGUCCUUCCACCUGCACCUCCACAGGUUCAUCCCGGGCUCCUCUGCGAGGGGGACAUUCCUCCAAAUGUUACUGUUGGAGGGGCUCACGAGGUGGAACGAGGACCGGGGAA